AUGAAAUGUUUCAAUGAAAAUGAUUAUGAGGGACUUUUAGGCAUUGUCAAAAAAGGGCUGGACAAAACUUCAAAGCCAAAGACCAUUGUGAUUGUUGGAGCAGGAAUAAGUGGACUCACCGCUGCCAAAUUACUAAAAGAUGCUGGACAUCAGGUCCAGAUUUUGGAAGCCAGCGAGCGUGUGGGUGGCCGGAUAAAGACCUAUCAUGAAGAAGGCUGGUAUGUGGACUUGGGGCCUAUGCGUCUGCCCCAAAAACACAAAAUUGUUCGAGAAUAUCUGAAGAAAUUCAAUCUCACCGUAAAUCCUUUUGUUCAGAUGGAUGAGAAUGCCUGGUAUUUGAUCAGGAACAUAAGGAAAAGGAUGAGAGAUGUGAUGUCCAAUCCUGAUGUUUUUGGAUACCCAGUGAAGCCCAAUGAGAAGGGAAUAUUGGCUAAGGAGCUCUUGGAAAGAACACUGAGAAAGCUAACAAACAACUGCACACUUUUAAAGGAGAAGUAUGACUCGGUUUCCAUCAUGGAAUACCUGCUGAAAGAAGGAAACCUGAGCAGAGGAGCUGUGGAUAUGAUUGGGGACCUCUUGAAUCUUGAACCUAUCUUCCAUAGAUCAUUUUACAACCUCCUCCUGGGAGAAGUUAUGGUCCCCCUGAAUGUUGCUUUUGAUGAAAUCACCGGUGGGUUUGACCAACUGCCCAAGGCCUUCUUCAAGGAAAUGCCUGGGAUAGUACGUUUUAACUCCACUGUACAGAAGGUUCUCCAAUCAGGCAAGAAAGUAAGGGUGUGGUUCCUCCAGGCAGACAAAUCUGUCUUAUCAUCCCUGACUGCUGACUACGUCCUCAUUACAGCUACUGCAAAAGCCACACGGCUCAUCGAAUUCCUUCCUCCUCUUUCCCCGACGAAAGCUCAUGCUCUGCGUUCUUUUCAUUAUGCAAGUGCCACUAAAAUUGUCUUAGCUUGCACUGAGAAAUUUUGGGAGAAAGAUGGGAUCCGAGGUGGGCAGUCAAUUACAGAUCUCCCCUCCCGGACUAUCUAUUACCCAAAUCAUAACUUUUCCAGCGGGCUAGGGGUAAUCUUGGCUUCUUAUACCAUGCAUGAGGAUGCUGACUUUUUUGUUCCCCUCAGUGAGGAAAAGUGCGUUGAUGUGGCCAUGGACGACCUGGCAGAAGUCCACCAAGUGUCCAAAGAAUAUCUCAAAUCUGUUUGCACUAAGCAUGUGAUACAGAAAUGGGCUCUAGACAAAUUUUCAAUGGCAGCAUUUUCUUCUCCUACAACAUACCAGUUUAGUCACUUUUUUAAGAGUUUGUCUAAGAAUGAAGGAAGGAUUUACUUUGCAGGAGAACACACAGCCAAUCCCCAUAGCUGGAUGGAUGCAGCAAUGAAAUCUGCUAUGAGGGCAGCCAGUAAUAUUUGA